AUGUGGAAGAUUCUCUUCGUAAUCCUGAUUCUAUGGAUCAACUUCUCCUUAGCUCGUCCAAGUGCUGAGCAACCCACGUCUGAGAUUGAUCUCUACAAACCCAAGACAUUUAUUCAAGAUUUACUUGACCGAUCAAAGAGCAAACACCGUCAAGCAGCAUCAUGCCAACGCUGUUUGAAUAAUAGUUCUCAUUCUUUUUCUACUUGUCGCCUGAUUUGUGACAGUCAAACCAGAUCUCCUGAGGAAACUGGUCGACAUCGACUUCGCCAGUAUCACGAUAGGUAG